AUGACUGGACAUUUCUCAAGUUUGAAUAAGUAUAUUGUUGACUUAAAGGUAGUGCAAUGUGAGCGUGACGAAGAAGUUGUACGAGCUGUUACCGAAGAAAAGCCACGUACGAUGCUUCAGCCACGCACAAACGUGCAUUUUCUUAAAGUUUGUAGGAUGCCUGUUUUAAACUUGGACACCAACAUCACGGGACCCAAUCAGUUCAGAUGGCUUAGUGAGCGCGUGAAGUAG